AUGAACAGGCAACAACCGACUGGAAACAACCCCAAUCCCGGAGGCUCGUUCAUUCCUCCUCCCAAACAGGACAUGGAGUAUCUCUGUGCAGGCAAGCCUUUUGGUUCAAUUCGAGGCCCGAUGAAACCCUCUCCAUUCCGGGACUCUAUUCCCAACUGGCAACCGUAUACUUACUAUGAAAGAAAAUAUCUCAUCGUUGGAAGCCAUACAUCCACACAGACCGACGCGCCGUUCGUCAAUCAACCCACCAUUGAUACCCAUCGAAACCCCGGCCUGGCUUGA